AUGGGAUUAGACUAUCCAUCAUUUAUUCUAUCAGCCCUUUGUGCCAUUGGGGGUUUAAUGGGCUAUUUUCGGAAAGAUUCAGUGCCAUCAUUGAUUGGUGGAUUAGGGGCAUCGGCAUUAUAUGGAAUUGCCGGUUAUAUAAUGAAGCAGAAUGGUAGAUAUGGGGUUGAAUUAGCAUUGGGAGCUAGUAUUAUUUUGCUACUUGCAGGUUUAGCAAGAUCUUUUUCCACCAGUUUUCAGAAACCUAUCCCGCUUUUGUUGUUGGCUUUGGGUGCUUUGGCCGGUGGAUUUUAUUUCAAAAAGUUUAAUCAGAAUCAAAGAGCCCUCAGAUGA